AUGACAUUCUUACUCGUGGGGAAACUCCUGAGCGUGGCAGCGAGUAUGCGUUAUCAAUCAAUCGCCAUCCUCUCCCUUGCGGCUCUCGUCAUCGGUGCUCCCACUUCUAUGAAGCGCCAAAACGGCCCCGUGCUAGCGGAUACCACCUUCAACGAUGUUUCAAUUGCUGGUGGCGAGGCUGGUAACGCUGAGUCCGAAGCCCUCGCUGUAUUCUCUGCCUUGGACCUUGAGAACCCAGAAAACAUCGACCCUGCCGAUCUGCAGUUCUUGGAACAAGUCAACAAUGUCGCCAAUGAUGCUGAGAAGGAAGCUUUCAACCCUGCAGUCGAGGCUGCGACUGGUGACGAGGCCGAUCAGAUCCAGAACGGAAAGAUCAAGAACAAGGUUCUCAAGCUCAUGGCUACCAAGAUCCAGCUCGAGGCCGAGCAGGCCCAGGGUGACGACAGUGUUGCCGAUAAGCUCGCAGAAGAAACAACGAAGCUGAACAACAAUAUUGCCACCGACCAGGAGAACGCCGGCCAACCGUCUAUCGCUGAACCUUUCGACGCCACCAUCUCUGGCGGAGGAAACUAA